AUGUCCCACAUCACAGAAGGCAGCUCACUAACAGUCGGCUCUCACGCCGUCAAGGUGGUGCGCUUCUUGUCCGAAGGAGGCUUCUCCAAGAUCUACGAGGUCAGCAUGGAUCCCCCCCACGACGAUACCGACAUUGGCUGCUUGAAGCAGGUCAUUGUUCCAGAUAAGAGUGGGCUUAAUGCUUUGCGCAAGGAGGUCGAUGUGAUGAAGACGUUGCAUCUGGCCAAGCAUAUAGUCAGAUAUUACGACUCGAACGCGGAAAGGCUUCCAGACGGCCAGUACCAGGUGCUUGUGUUGAUGGAAUUGUGUCCGAACAAGUCGUUGCUUGAGUAUAUGAACGCCAGGAUCCGGACGAAAUUGACCGAAAAGGAGAUCCUUAAGAUCAUGAUGGACAUCACGCUAGGGCUCUACGAAAUGCAUAAGUUGAAGCUUAUUCAUAGGGACGUGAAGAUCGAAAACGUCUUGAUUGACGCCCACCACGUGUUCAAGCUCUGUGACUUCGGCUCAGUAUCCGUGCCGAUCCGCCCGCCCAAAGACCAGCGGGAGUUUCAACUCUUGAGUCAUGACAUUUUGUACCAAACAACUCCACAGUACCGAUCUCCCGAAAUGGUUGACUUGUACAGAGCGCAGCCUAUUGAUGAGAAGUCGGAUAUUUGGGCGUUGGGCUGCUUCCUUUACAAGCUAUGCUACUACACGACGCCCUUUGAGGCUACGGGCGACAUUGCCAUUCUCCAUGCAUCAUUCCAAUUUUUGCCUCAACCGGAGUUCUCCGGAGACUUGAAAAACCUUAUUAUCAUAAUGCUUCAAGAGAACCCCCUCUACAGGCCCAACGUGGUGCAGAUCUUGAUGCUUCUCUGUAAGAUGACCGGCAAGGACAUUGAAGAAUACGAAAUCGAAGACUUCUACCAUGCGGGACCAUAUAAUUUCCAGGCGUUACACCAAAUGCAACAGCAGAAGCAAGAAGAGCUUCGCAAGCAACAGCAGCUUUACUAUGAGCAGCAGAAACAGCAACAGGAGUAUGAGAUGCGGAAGUUGAAAGCUCAGCAGGCUACUGCGGCAGGGGGACCGCACAGAACAUCGUCUCAGAAGUCUACUCAGCACCUUGAAAAUGCCCUGCCAAGCGUGUCGAGCGUUCCCAGCCCCAGUAUCAAGGCUCACGGUUCUACAGUUUCUUUGACAUCCCCACAGCAAUUAGGUUCGGUCCCAUUGGCCCCAGUUCCUCAUGCCCCCUCUCCGUAUCCAUACCACGUUGCAUCUCAGGUCCCCAAACCUGCCUCUGUUCCUCCACAGUCUAUACCACCCGUUGCAUCGCCAGUGCAACAGAGUCAAUCCUACUCAAGGAGCGACUCACAGUCGAAUCUUGCCAAGCUAAGCAAGACACAGUCAAACAACCCGUUCCCAAUUCAAAGUGCAGUCGAACAUGCUGAUGUCACUGACGGAACUACGGCUAACGACUCCGAUAUCGACUUGGAUGAGCUCUCUAAGUUGGCCAAUGCAGAGGAACGAUACCCAUCCCUUGAUGCGCUUAACGACGAGGCAGAUAAGGUUUCAAGAAAAUCUCUGGAGUACGGAGACAGGCGGGAUGUUCAAGCAGGUAGUAGGAAACACCUGCAAGAUCCCGAGACCAAGAGACCAUCUGAUCUUGAGUCCACACUGGCAUGGGAAAAGCCGCUGUCCCACAUAGAUAAGGAUGCUGAGAAGCUAGUGAAUGACAUUUUGUUACAAGAACAGGACCAAGCGAGACGAAUUUCAUCAAAACAGCCCCCAGUUAAGCCUGAGCAUGAUAAUGACUACUUCUACCUGCCCGAAUCUAACCCCAGCAAACCCCAGGUUGAACAGAGAAUUGUUGAUGAUUCUGGAAAGGCUGGACCAAACGAUGUGCCUACAACCUUAGAUCCAAAUUAUGAGCAGUUUGCCAACGGCAUGAAAAGACCAUCGCCUUUGCAGGGGUCGAAGUCAAUGGACGCAUCGUCUCAAGCUCCAAACAGAAUGGAGCAUCAAAUACAGCAUUCCUAUAGUGUGGGUAAGGUACCGGUGCAAGACAGUUUGCCGGUGCAAGAGAGCAGAAAAGACGCUAAUCCAUGGGGGGAAUCGCUUAAAGCCAAAAGAAGCCCUAUGCCAGGCCCCUCUGGAGCCGAAGAGCUAAACAUUGGCCAUUUGUCUUUGGGGGAGCCUACAAUUCCACCACCUUCUCAGACACUUGCAUCUUCAGUGCCACAGCCUGCUGCGACAUCACGAGGCGGAAGCCGAGGACCUUCACUUGAGCUCGACAGGAAUCUCAUCGAGCUCGAAGUGGGUUUGUCUUCUGGAGAGAGCUCUGAGGGAGAGAAGCCACCUCCACUUCCACCUCAUCCAGCGCCCAAGCAGCGAGAGGAGGCGGCACUUGUGGACCUCGACGGGACCAAUGAAAAGAGAAAGCCUAAGAUGAAGAAAAGCCUCUCGCAAACGCCGGCGCAGCCGUUCGCUGUUAAAGAGGAGGUCAUUGAUUUUGCUUCUGAUGAUGAGAACCAGCAGCUGGAGAUGAGCCGCUUGUCGAUUCGAAACUCUCUUCGCAAGUCGAGGAAACUGAGCGACUACCACCGUCGCAGCGACAGCACCCACAGUGAGCACAAGCGGCGCUCGUUCUUCGGUGGAGAUUAA